AAAUAAUUCUCUCCUUAAAUGAAAACGAUCAAAUGCUUAGCUGCAAUUGCUACAAGUAAAAAUGAACCAUUAAAAAUUGAAACUAUUGAAGUUGAUCCUCCAAAAAAGGGAGAAGUUAGAAUUAAGAUUAUAGCAACUGCAGUAUGUCAUACUGACAAAUAUACUUUAGAUGGGCUAGAUCCGGAAGGAGUGUUUCCUUGUAUUUUAGGACAUGAAGGGGCUGGAAUAGUUGAAUGUAUAGGUGAGGAUGUAGAGUCUGUUAAACCAGGUGAUCAUGUAAUUCCACUUUAUAUUCCUCAAUGUAAAAGUUGUGAAUACUGUAAAAAUCCUAAAACAAAUUUAUGCAGUGUUAUUAGGCAAACUCAAGGAAAAGGAUUAAUGCCUGAUGGUACAAUUAGAUUUAUAUCCAGUUCAGGCCAAAAAUUGUUUCAUUUUAUGGGAACUAGCACAUUUAGUCAAUAUACAGUGGUUCCAGAAAUAUCUGUAGCAAAAGUUGAUAUAGAUGCACCCCUAGAUAAGAUAUGCUUACUUAGUUGUGGAGUUUCUACAGGCUAUGGAGCAGUAUUGAAUACUGCAAAGGUUGAACCAAAUUCUACUUGUGCUAUAUGGGGACUAGGAGCUGUAGGUCUUGCUACUAUUAUGGGAUGUAAAGUUGCAAAAUGUUCACGGAUAAUUGCCAUUGACACUAAUCCUGAUAAGGAAAAAUUAGCAUUUCAUCUUGGAGCAACUGAAUAUAUUAAUCCAAAAAAAAUACCAAAUGGAAUAUCAACAAAGGAACAUCUUAUAAAUAUAACUAACGGUGGCUUAGAUUAUACAUUUGAAUGCAUAGGCAAUGUGGAUAUUAUGAGGGAAGCUUUAGAAUCUUGUCAUAAAGGAUGGGGUACUUCUGUCAUAAUUGGAGUCGCAGGGUCUGGAGCUGAAAUACGCACUCGCCCAUUUCAGUUAGUUACUGGCAGAGUAUGGAAGGGAUGUGCAUUUGGAGGAUGGAAAUCAAGAGAUAAUGUCCCUCGACUUGUUACUGAAUUUAUGAAUGGAAAAAUUGAACUAGAUCCCUUUAUAACAAAUCAUUUUUCUUUAAAAAAUAUAAAUUGUGCGUUUGAUUUAAUGAGUGAAGGAAAAGGGAUACGCUCAAUUAUUAAUAUGUGGGAAUAAUAUCGAAUUUUAUAUUAUAAUCACAAAAAUAUAUAACUUAUAUUUAUUAGAUAAAUUAUUUGAUAUAUUAAAUUGUGAAAAAGAUAAUAAUUAUUAAUAAGAAAAUUUGAACU